AGCGUUUGGACGCGUUUUAGUCGCUUUGCGCGUAUUUAACGUCUGCACAUUUGUUGUAUUUGUUUUUUUUUCAUCUCUCAAAUCCGCUUAGCGCGCAAUGUGUACAAACGAUUGUUCUGUUGGGAAGCUGUGUACGAAUGGCGCGAGUUUUUUUUUUUAAGUGAGAUGUGAAUUAUGAGGAAACCGAAAUUGAAAGAAUAAAUAAGAAUUGAUUAUUGCAAAUGAUUUGUACUUAAGCAAACAACAAAAAAAGUGCUUGAAAAAACAUUUAAAAAAAAAUAUUUCACGAAGUGUUUAUAGCUUGUUGGUGCAAAUAAUAAAAAUUCUUACAUAGAAAACAGCAAUCGUUGUGCCUUGCAGUGUGUCAAAUUGGCAUUGCUUUUGUGAAAAAAUAUAUAUUUUUAUUGCUGCAAAUAGCAAAUUUAUUUUGUGCGCUGUUUUAAGCGUUAAAGUCCCACAACAAUAAAAACAAAAAAAGAUAACAACAACAACAGCAACGAGCAGGCGCUAACGCGAACGGAAGUCAACAAUGUUCACAUUGGUAAUUUAAUGUAACUAAUCAGAAACGGAAACGCCACCACUUAAAGCAACAACAACAACAGCAACCGAAUACUAACAACAAUAAGAGCAACGAAGUAAGCACUAUCACUAUGAUUAAGUUUCGCUAUAAACGCAAAGAACCGGCCAACACAGCGGCCAAUACGACGACGACGACGACGACGCUGGAGGAAACGAAGAACGCAAAUAAAAACAAAAAUAACAAUAACAACAACAACAAUAAUGUUAAAAAUAGCAAUGUGGAGAGUGCGAAGGAUGCCAAAUUGGCAGCAACAGCAGCAGCAGCUGCUGCGGCGAAAGAGAAUUGUCGACCAAAUCAGAAUGCGGUGAGUCAAAAACAACAACAACAGCAGCAGCUGCAGCAACAGCUCCAGAAACAGCAAAUGCAGCAGUUACAACAGCAAAUACAACAACCAAAACAACAGCAAAAACUUCAGCAUCAGCAACAACAGCUGCAACAACAACAACAACACUACGUGCAAGCACCUGCCAACUGCAGCAGCAUCAACUCACCACUCAAGCCACAGCAUCCGCAGCACGCUCAGCUGAUCAGCAAUAAUGGCACCUUGCCACGCAGCAGUCCGCGCAAAAUGUACGAUCCCCUGUUGGACGGCUACAAGUCGGCGACGCUGACGCGCCAAACCGCCAGUAGCCGAAAAGUGUCUGCGCUCGCGAAGGUGGCGUCCACCGCCGAGUUGGCCGGUUGGGGCUACGCGUUCGGUGGCAGCAUGAGCAAUAUAAUUAACGGCAACAACAGCAACAAUAACAACAGCUAUUACUAUCGGAAGAGCAGCAGCAAUGAGCACAUCUUCGGCAGCAACGACACACUGCUCGCGCACGAAGCGGGCGGCGGUGGCGGGGAGCGCGAUCGUUGCAUAAACGCUGUGAUUGAACUUUUCCAACAACUGCAGACCAGCUCUGAACCGGCUCUAUGUCCGGAGCCGUUGCGUCGCGCCUUGGCUAGUGGUCCGCUAGCAGGUCGUCGCUUUCCGCUCGGCUGCCUAGGCGAUGCGGCAGAGUGCUUUGAAUUGCUGUUGCAUCGUGUGCAUUCGCACAUUUCGCCGGAUGAUGGCGACGCUUGCGAGUCGCAGGCGUGUGUGGCACAUCGUCGCUUCGCGAUGCGCGUCAUCGAGCAGAGCGUGUGCAAGUGUGGCGCCAAUUCGGAGCAAUUGCCAUUCACACAGAUGGUACACUAUGUCUCGGCAUCAGCGUUGACCUCACAAAAUAGUUUGGCAUUGCAAAAUCACCAGCAACUCACAUUUGGCCAGCUGUUACGCGCCGCCGGUAAUAUGGGUGACAUCAGAGAUUGUCCGAAUGCUUGUGGCGCUAAGAUCGGUAUCUGUCGCGCGCUGCUCAAUCGUCCGGAUGUCGUUUCGAUUGGCAUCGUGUGGGACUCAGAGCGACCCGCCGCUGAUCAAGUGCAUGCUGUGCUGAAGGCCAUCGGCACCAGUUUACGUCUGUCGGACGUCUUCCAUCAGGUCGCCGAACAUCGUUGGGCACAAAACGUGCAACAUGAGUUGGUCGGCAUUGUCUCGUAUUACGGUAAACACUAUACGACAUUCUUCUUCCACACCAAACUCAAGGUUUGGGUGUACUUCGAUGAUGCAAAUGUCAAGGAGGUCGGUCCCAACUGGGAAGGCGUUGUCGACAAAUGCAGUCGCGGUCGCUAUCAGCCGCUGCUGUUGCUCUACGCUGUGCCACAGCCACCUUCGGGCGGCACACAAUUCGCGCCGGAGACCACACAAUCCACGCUUGUACGUCGCGCCAUAACACCGAGCCCCAUCACGCCGGAUAAACCGAAUCUGGGCAAUACACGCCGUGCCAUCACACCAACACCGUUGCGCUCGCCCAACGACUAUCAGAAUUUGAGUGUUAUACAAAAGAACAUCUUUGCUGGCGCUGCUGUGGCUGCAACCAAGAACAACAACGCAAACAAUGGCAACAACAACAACAAUGAUGAAACCGAUGCUUAUAUACGCCGCAAGACGGUGGAGCACGUGCUGAAUGCACAGCAAUAUCAGAAUUUGAGCGUUGUGCAGGAUAAGAUCUUCGCCAACAAUAACGGUAAUGUUACGAAUGCCCAAACUGCCGAUGAGAAGGAUGGCGAUACUUUGGCCCACAAGAUCGGUAAAGUACUUAAUGCGCAGAUGGUACGCAAAUAUCAUCUGCAGCUGCAACGCAGUCAGAGCGCUGAGUCGGGACAUGUCAGCGGUGGCUCUUCGAAUGGCUCGUCACCGCCCAGUGAUGGUCUGACAAUGCCGGAUCAUUUGAAUCAACCGAGACGUCGCGAUUCGGGCAACUGGUCGGGUGACCGCAAUAGCGCAAGCUCUGCCUCAUCCACUACGCUGGAUAAUCCCUAUCUCUAUAUGGUGGGCAAACGUAAUCCACCCGCAGUGCCACAAAGUCCCACACGCAAUGGUUUACCUUACGAUCCCGGUUAUGAUUCGUUCUCGUUGAGCUCAACCGAUUCAUAUCCACCGAAACAUCAUUUGAAUCCACAACUGGCGAAGAUACCCGAGGCUGCCGCUUCAACUAUGCUCUCGGGCGAUUGCGAAAAGCUGUGUCACGAGGCCGAUCAGCUGUUGGAGAAAUCGCGUCUCGUCGAGGAAUCACACGAUCUGGAGACCGCAUUGGUACUCUGCAAUGCCGCUGCCGGACGUGCACGCGCCGCCAUGGAUGCGCCUUACAGCAAUCCGCACACCAUGACAUUCGCACGCAUGAAGCACAACACAUGCGUGAUGCGUGCACGCAGCUUACAUCGUCGCAUCUUGGUAGAGAAGGGCGCUGAUAUGGAUGCAAUGCCAGAGAUGAAGCAUAUGCGUGAGGGCAGCAACAGCAGCGUGAAGCAUGUGCGUCAAAAUAGCAAGGAUAAGACUUUGGAUAAGCUGCCGACACCGGCAAAUGCAACUGCCGCCACUGCGGCAACCGCUGCAGCCAACAAAAGCAUCGAGAUCUACGCCACGCUGCCGAAAAAGAAGAGUCCACUGAAGGCGCUAGCAGCCGCUGUGGGCAACGAUGACAAUGCCAUCGAGUACGAGCCAGCCGCACCUGUUGUUGCGAAGCCGGAGCGUGAGAGUCGCUCAAUCUUCGGCCGUAGUAGCAGCAAAUCGGAGAAGGAGAAACGCAGUCGCAGUGAAGAUCGCAAUAAGCUGACGCGUGAAUUCUCAUUGACGGAAACACUGUUGGUAAACGCCAAGGAUACGCUGAAAAAGCACAAAGAGGACAAGGACGAGAAGAAGGAGAAAGAUAAAAAUGGCAAGAAGCAGCAUAAGAUACGGCGCAAACUCUUAAUGGGUGGACUCAUAAGACGCAAAAAUCGCUCUAUGCCUGAUUUGACCGAAGCUGGCGAUGAUGCCGCCAACCAGAAGGAGGCGCCCGCACCGCUCGCCACUUCGGUGGACGACAGCUCAGUCGGUUUGAAUGGCAAGAACGGCAUGAGUGGCUACAUUUCCGAGGGUCACUUCGACUAUCGUGACUCGAAUAAUGCAAAUCCGAAUUUGGAGCGCAGCAAAUUGAUGCGAAAGAGCUUCCACGGUAGCGGACGACAAUUGACUGUGGUCGCUAAGGUAGCGCCACCACCGCCCAUGCGCACAAGCUCAGCGCUAACACCACAACAAUUGCAACAACAGCUAGCACUGCAACAACAGCAGGACGCUGCGGUGUUGCAACAUUUCCAUCACGAAGCGAAUCUCUCCAAUAUUUCGGUUAUGAGCUCCAACACCUCCAUCAGCGAGGACUCAUGCCAGACCAUUAUCACAACGUGUGCGCAGGUGCACAACGAACAGAGUCCGCUGAAGGACACCUUGUAUCAGACAACAAAUGGUGUGGCACAAUAUCAACACUAUAACGGUUAUAGCGCCACACCAGUCGAUUUGGGUCGAGAUGAAGUCGAUGUACCAGCAGGCGGCGCAAACGGUAAUGCUAACGGCAACGUUAACACCAACACUGGCAGUAAUACAACCGAUGCACCACUCGAACUACCGCCAUACCCGAGCCCACCGCAAUCGGUUUGCCAUUCGCGUCAAGCCAGCGAAGAUUUCCCACCACCACCGCCGGAGAUCGAUCUGGAGCCGCUGAAUCACCAGAUCAGCCAACUGCAAGUACUCGAAGCAAGCAAACAGCAGCGCAGCAUGGAGACGCUUGAGGGCACCACCAGCAUUUUGGCCCAACUGCAGCAGCGACAUCAACUCAUGAAGAUGCGCAAAGAGCAGGCAACACCCACCUGUGAACCCACAAAUUGGCUGAAAGAGUUACAGGCCAAGCAAACCGAUCUCAGAAAUGCCCAACAGCGUGCCACCACAGACUCGCCAAUCGUGCAGCUGACGCAGCAGUCGUCCAAUGGCGUGCGCGAACUGGCGAACCGUUUCGAACAAACGAAAGCAACCAGCACCGGUGAACAACCAUCGCUACGUUCAUACUCAUCACAGGAGCUGCUUAACCCCGCCAGCAAACCCACGAUACGCACACAAAUGAAUGGUCUACCGCCAGCGCCGCUCGCGCACAAGAGCGAAUCGGAUGAAGUGGAUUGUGCGCCUCAGCGCCUGCAACGUCUGCCGCCACAUCAGGUGCUGCCAAAGCCGAAAUACGAAGUGCCACAAUCGCAAAUCGCCGAAGAACUGCGCGAAGUUGAGAUGCUCAACACAAUGGUGCAGCAAACGCUGAGCAAUGCGCAGGUAGCGCAACAGCAACAACAACACCAGAUCCAACAACCACAACAAGGCGCGCAACAGAGCACCGCAUUGCCGAAGCGCGUCAAGAAGAAGAGCGUUUCAUUCUGCGAUCAAGUAAUACUUGUGGCGACGGCAGACAAUGAGGAGGACGAUGACUUCAUACCGAAUCCGAUUUUGGAGCGUGUCUUGCGCACAGCGCAAAAUCCCAACGAGAAGGUGACCGCGCAACUUAUACAACAACAACAGCAAAAUAUGAUACGCUUGCCAACAGAAGCGCCAUCGCGCAUAGUGCAACCGCUGCCACCAACAGUGCAACAACAACAGCAACAGCAUCAACCACAACAACAUCAUGCCCAACAACAAUUGUCGGCGUCGCUACCACUGGCGCAGCAGUCGCCAAUGUUGGGUAACGAUCGCCGGCCCUUGCCGUUGCAGGGUCAAGAUAUGCAACGCUACGUGCAACUGCAACGCCCACAGCUAGAAGCGCUGCGCCAACAGCAGCAGCAAAUUCAACAACAACAACAGCAGCAGGAGCAGCGCCAACAGCAACAAUCUGCCAUGCCAUAUAUGCCAGCGGGACAGGUGUACACGCCCGUGCAAGACAUCUAUCGCAUGCAGCACCAGCAACAACAACAACAGCAGCAACAGCCACAGUACGCAACUCAGCUGACGUCAGCGCAUCAGCAACACGCGCUGUACGAUGAGCGCAUGCAUGCCAACAACAACAACAACAACAACACCAACAACAAUCAUGCAUUGCUUGCCGCGCGCACGAGCAUGAGCGGCAUCGCUAAUGUUGCCACGCAGCAACAUAUGCAGAUGCUAGCAGCUCAACAGCAGCAACAGCAACACUUGGAUGCACAAUCCAGUUAUGUGAGCAUACCGCGCUCACACGUCAACCAUCAGCAGCAAAGCUACUCCGUGCAACUACAGAAGCACCAGCAGCUCUUGCAACAACAACAGCAACAGCAACAACUGCCAACUAAUAACGGGUACUAUCCCGGCGUGCCAGGUUUGGACACAGCACCGCUACCUUCACCCUACCAGCGCGUACCCCUGCCACACGGCUAUGCCAGCGAACAAUUCCCAUCGCCUUCCCUUAACAAUAUGCCGAAACCACAGCAUCCCUACCCCUCACCCAACACAACCACACACCUUACCAACGGCGCGCCCUCACCCUACUUCCCCGUGCCGCAAAAUGCCGCCGUCGCGCUAGCCAGCACACAGCCGCCGCAGCACACCAAGGCAUCGCACCAGAAGAAGGUCAGUUUCGAGCCCGGCACCAAAGGCGAAACGGACUCGCUCUGCAAUGGCAGCAACAACCACAGCGGCAACGCCAGCAAUUUGUCAGCAGCGUUACCGCCAAAACCGUUGGGUCUCAGCGCCGCCAUAGCCAACAACAGCGCCGCUACCACGCAACAGAACGGUCUACCGCCAGUGCUGUUGGACAGUAGCGUCAAUGUGACGGCCAUACCGACGCGCGUCUACAACAACGCCAUCGUCAAGGCAUCCGCCAAAGCGGUGGAGUGCAAUCUGUGUCGAAAGCGUCACGUCAUCGCGCCCGCCGUCUACUGCACCAACUGCGAAUACUACCUGCAGAUGUUGAACAGUCGGCGAUGAAGCAUGCGCGCCAUCAAGUAACGCGUUGGGCAGCGUGCGCUCAGCGCCAUGAAGUAACGAGCGUUGACAAGCGCGCGCUCAGCACCGUGAAGUAACGCGUUGGCCAGCGCGCGCUCAGCGCCAUUGGCGUUUUGAGCCGCCGCGCUCUUAAUAAGCAAUAAUCGCUGUGCGAAUUUAGUUUUGCAUUUCACUAGCGUUAAGCAUUCACAUUGCUCAUUAAUCAUAAUCAUAGAACUUAGUGCUAAAAUAAUUCAUAAAAUAGUUAUAAAAUUAGACUUUAAAUGGAAUUUAUGAAAUCUCAAGCAAAGCUGCCGUACAUUGCAGUUCAAGUGCAAUUUGUUAGGAAAUAAAUGAAGAAGCUUAUUGCAGACACUAGCGCAGGUAAGUAUUAACUCACACGUUAUAUUGCAUACAUACAUACAUAAAUAUACUGCAAACUGUGGCCUUUGAAGUAUCACAUGCUGUUAAUUGGCGCAAACCUAUAAAUUCUAACCUCAAAAAUUAAAAAAAAAAAUUGCAUGCAAUUCCUUUAUGGUUCUACAUAAAGAACAAUUGGCAUAUACGCAUAAAUAUAUCUGAAAUUUUAAAUAUAAAAACAACAACGAAAAUUCGCUUUAAAACCUGAAAUUUAUAAAAGCUUUUAGUCCUUGACUAUCAAAAGAAAAUGCAUAACUCUUCCACUUCGUUUAACAAAACAAAAAUUAGUUAGUGCUUGUAUAUUACAUACACACACAUCUAUGUUUAUAAUUAUUACGCAUAUAUAUACAAACAUACAUACAUUUAAAAAUAAAAUUCAUGAAAAUCUCAUAAAUUAAAACCAUUUAUAAUUAUACUUAUACAUAUAUAUACAUACAUAUAUAGAAUUAUUUAAUAUACUUAUGCUUACAUAUCUACGUUUAAAUAAAUAUUUUUUUAAAUUAGUUUUUAACGUGUAAUCGUUUGCUUGUGUGUAUGCGGCUGUCGAACGGCCCCUACACCCGCAUUCGUUUGCCUUUCACAAAGUAGUUUUACUUUAUUUUUAUCCUUAAACGCUAUUUUUACUUAAUUAUACAUAAUUUUACUUAAUUAUAUAUAAUUUUAUAAUAUUUGCUAAUUAUUUUUAUUAUUAUACAUAUUUUUAUAGUUUCCACAUCCAUAAGUUUUAUAAUGUUUUUUUUCACACAGAAAAAAAUGAGCAGACGAAAAAAACCGCUACCACUGCAAAGCAACAACAAUAAUUUGCCUAAUAAAUCAAUAAAUAAAUAAUAUCUUUUUUACAGAUACAA